UUCUGCCCCGUCAUGUGGGCGUCUCUUGUGUUACCUCUCUCCCCUUGAUGGCCUCGUCCCUCCAUUCUCUUUCUCCCUUCUUUCUUGUCGUCUCUUCUCACGCUCCUUCUGUUCAUUCUCAACCUCACCUUCACUUGCCUCCAUCGGUAGCACCAGAUAGGUUUAGCCUCGCCUAACUUCUUAAUUGUUCAUUUUGUAACCUUCCUCUUCUGUUACUGUUUCGUUUUUCUUGUUUGUUUCUCUGUUUCUGCGCUUGGCGUUUUCCUUCUCUUGUCUUCCCCCCCUCAUGUAUGACUUCUCCUAUGACCGUUUCCCCCUUCCCUUUCGCGGCCUUGCUUCAUGUUCCUGAUGGGCACUCCAUUGCCUUAGAGCUUCGUUGUCUUCUUUCUCCAUUCCGCUUCCUUCAACCCUGUGCAUCUUUAUGUGUUAAUCUAUGAUCCACGAUCGACCCAUGAUUAAGUUUCGUUGAUUUUUCUGCUCGGUUGUCAUCUGGGUAAGCAUCUUUUCGGAGGUUUCAUGUUUAUUCAGCCGCCGGUUGAGAAAUUGAUCGGGAUUUACUUUUACAUUCGUGUAGAGGCAUUGGUUCUUGAAUUUUGGUUUACUCCCGAAUUGUAAAUUGUUUCUUUAGUCUGUCAUUUCCCCCCGUUGAGAAGAUUUUUCCUGUGAUUUAGUCAUUUGCUUGUUAGACUCUUGACGGGGCAAAGAAUAAGCUUUCCUCUUGCUUCAAGCAUCAGAUUGAGUGAAACGGCGAAUGAUUAUUGACUAUCCAGGAAAACGAGGCAAAGUGGCUCAGAAAUGAUAUUGAUAUGACUAUAACAAUGACCAGGACUAGUAAGAAAACAUUGCCUGUCUGGAGCACUGGAAGUAGCUUUAAGGCGAGCAAGAAGAAGAAAGCUAUGGAGAACAGGGGAGGUGGUUCCUCAGCUGAUGAACCUCAGGAUGCAGAUUAUGAUAUCCCGUCUCUGAGCGACGAGCUAGAGACCCUGAUCUUGGCCAGGCUUCCAAGAUCUGAGCAUUGGAAACUAUGCUUUCUGAACAAGAGGCUUCAAGCCCUUGUGAAGAGUGGUGAAAUCAUCAAAAUCAGGAGAGAAAUAGGGUUCAAAGAGCCCAGUGUGUUCAUGUUAGCAAGUGGAGAGACCAAUUGGUGGGUCUUCGAUGAACAUUUCGAAUCUUGCAGGAUGCUCCCCUUUACCCCAUCGGACUACAAUUUCACACACGGAGAUAAGGAGUCAUUCUUUGCAGGCUCCCACUUGUUUGUUUCAGGCAGGGAGUUCGAUGGAGCUGCUGUUUGGAAGUACGAGGUGGAAACAAACCAAUGGUUGAAGGCUCCCUCCAUGAUCAAUCCUAGGUGUCUGUUUGCAUCGGCCACCUCUGGUAACUAUGCUUUCGUCGCAGGUGGUCAAGACACCACAACUUAUUCUCAAGUCCUGGACUCUGCUGAGAAAUACAAUUCAAAGAGCAAGUCUUGGGAAUCUCUGCCUAGGAUGAAUCGGAAGAGAAAGUCCUGCUCGGGUUGUUACAUGGACAAAAAAUUCUAUGUAAUUGGGGGACAAGAUGAGCAACAAAACGUCCUGACUUGUGGGGAAUUCUUUGACGAGGAAACCAACACUUGGAACUCAAUUCCCGACAUGUUGAAAGACAUUCCUGUGUCGGUUUGCCGGUCCCCACCACUUGUUGCUGUCGCCAAUAAUCAGCUUUACGCGCUCGACGCCUCCUCCAACGAGCUCAAAACGUAUCUGAAGCGAACCAACUCAUGGAAGAAGUUAGGAACAGUUCCAGUGAUGGCAAGUGCUCAAGGAGGUUGGGGCGUGGCCUUCAAGUCUCUGGGGAAUGAGCUGCUCGUAAUCGGUGCGACUGCUAUGUGUUCUUCUGGGCGUGGCUUGACGAUCUACACUUGUUGCCCUGAUCCUUCCGCUGAGGAGCUCCAGUGGCGGCGAAUUGAAUCUGGCAACGCCAAGCUUAGUCCCUUCAUUCACAAUUGUGCUGUGAGGGUAGCUUGAGGUCUGAUUAUUAUUAAGGAAUAAGCAGAGUGGCUUUGGAAUCUCCCAAUAAGAUUUGCAGGACUUUCAGGACUUGUCUCCACGACUCGUUCGAUCUUUGUUGCUGAUGUGACUUGAUGCAUCUAUAUGCCGUCGGUUCGAUGUUAGGGAGCUUGUUGAUGUAAACUUUUUCGUUUAAUGUUUUGACUCUGCAGAUUUUCAGCUUCAAAUGCUGCUGGAUUUUAUUUUUCUUUUCUAUUUUGCUUCGGCUGGUCCUUUCUCUGGUGGAGAUUUCUCUCAGAAUUUCUCCACAGAAAAGCAUCGAGCCAGUUAUCAUAGUCACCACCCACCACUAAUGUGGCUUUCAGCCUUUCUGUGGGUUUGCCACCUAACCUAAUCAUUGUUCACUCCCACAAAUUAGGUUCGUUUUCUCCUGCGCAAAAUCUUAAAAAUCAAUUCAGAAUUUCGUUAUUGAA